UGACAGCACAGACUUUCUUCGUUCUUUCAGUGAUUAAUACUCACAAUAUGUUUCUCAAUAUGAUGGAGCAGAUUAUAUAUAAUAUAUUGUAAAGCAAACUCAUGCACCUGCAACUUUAUAUUUGCAUAAAAACAAAAGAAGUGUCCUCCUGUGCUUGUUGGUGAUUGGCUGCUCCAGGGUGUUUCUGCCUGAAACCUGAUAAGCUUCUACUGUACCUGCAUUAUGCUCACGCCGAGUUUAUACACAAACACUAUUGUUUCGUUCUCUCUGUCCUGCCUUGGUGACCACCUUUCUUUUCCCUCUCCUCUAACACGUACACAUGUAGGAGAAAAUGGCAGGAAUGAAUAUCUCUGUGGAUAAGGAAGAGUUCUGUUGCUCGGUGUGUUUGGAAGUGCUGUGGGAGCCGGUCACCAUUCCCUGUGGACACAGUUAUUGUAUGGAGUGCAUUAAAGGUUACUGGAGGAAAUGCGAGUUGAAAGAGGAAUACAGCUGCCCUCAGUGCAGACGCACCUUUAGUCCUAAACCUGUGCUAUGUAGAAACACCAUGCUGGCUGAUAUUGUGGAGAAACUGAGGAGAACCGGCAUUCAAGAUGCUGGUAGGAGAGCAGCGGAUGUCGAAUGUGACAUUUGCACUGGGAAGAAACAUCAAGCUGUUAGGUUUUGUGUGAAAUGUCAGAUGUUUUACUGCGAGAUGCACCUGAAACCUCACAAUGAAAGGAAUCGUGGCAAGACGCAUCCGCUUACUGAAGUUACAAAACUACCGCAGAAAAGAAUCUGUUCACGGCACAAUAAAUUGCGGGAUGUGUACUGUCACACAGACCAACAAUGCAUUUGUAGUUUGUGCUUCAAAGACGGACACAAGGGACACAGCGUGGUGACGGUGAUGGAGGAGAGGAUGGAAAUACAGAAACAUCUUGAGGAAGCGUGGAAAAAGUCAAAACAGAGGUGUAAGGAACGAGAGAAAGAACUCCGAGAUAUUGUAAAAUAUGUCAAGCGUUCAGCACAAGCGGUUGAGGAUAACAGUGAAAAGAUCUUCACCAGGCUGCAGCGCUCCGUUGAAAGAAAGCAUCUGGAGGUGAAAGAGCUGAUCAGAGGUGAGGAAAGGACAGCUCUCGACCAGACGGAGAAGCUUCUGGAACGACUGAAUCAACAGAUAGUUGAACACAGGAGAGGCGAGGCCGAGCUAGAGGCGCUCUCAAACACUGAGGAUCAUAUCCAUUUCCUGCAGAACUAUAAGACGCUCUGCGCUCCUCCUGACGCUGGGGGGCGGCCCAGCAUCGACGUCCACCCGUACUUCUCUUUGAUGAUACUGAGAAAGGCUCUCGCAGAGCUGAGAGAUAAAGUCAACGGGGUCUGUGACAGAGAAGCGACAAAGAUUGCAGAAUUAGUUGAUGAAGGGCACGAUCAGUCAGCUGAAAACUCCCUGAGCUGUCCGCUGAACACUGAUACAGCCCACAGACAUUUACACCAGACUGAGCCGAGGACCAGAGGAGAUUUCUUACAGUGUGAGUUCAGAGGUCAUUCUUGGUAAAUUCUUGGAUGAGACCAAAGACUCAUAUUAUUUAUGAAUAGGAGAAAGUGUAACAUGAAAUAAUGGUGUAGUAUCACUGCAGCUGCAGUUAGAUAGGAAGCCUGUUUCCACCAUGUGAUUUAAAAAAAAAAAAA